AUGCUCGCCUCAUCAUCGACCCUAUCACGCGUCGAAGCCUCCCAUCACAACGCGUCGCAGCUCCUCCUCCGAGGCACUCGAGACGGCGAUCUAGCUGCAACCCUCCUAUCUUCCUCUUCUACAUCCACGGCCGAGCGAACACCGCUCUUCACCUGGUCAGAUCUGCUUCGGAUCGUCUCCUCCGGCAAUCUUCAACACCUUUCUCGUCAUCCGGACUCGCUUCGCGAGUACUUCGCCUGGAUGGAUAGCAUCAAAUCCACGUACGGGAGCGUCACAUCCUUCCUGCUAUCAGAGCGAUUUACUGCAACGAAGUUGCUCGAAAAGGCUUCCCCCACCACCAAAUCCCAGGUGGUAGGAGAGAGCAGGUGUUUCCGAAGCAAUUUUGUACCCGGAGUUGACUGUCAGAUCCUUCUGAACGAUUGGCCGUAUUCCAUCCCGCACGAUGCCCACCACUAUGUGGUAUGGAGUUGCUGUCCAAUCUUACACCGAGAUCUUGUCUUUGAGCAAGACGUCGACGAGGAAACAGCAAGACUCGCCUGGGGCAUCGUUUCGAAACGUGGUCUUUGCGGAACACUGACCCCAACCGCUGGUCUCCAAAUCCCCACCAUCAAAGAUCACUCUACACACCUCCCAGACCUCCUCCCCUCCUUCCCCGAAAAGGAAGAACGUCUCCAACAAACACUCCAAACCGCAUGCUCGAAUCUCGUCACCUUCAUCGAAGCACACUGGGAUACGAGCACUUACGAAGUGGCAUUCUUCGCCAACCCUCCAAGUCUGCAAUCCGUCCCUAGUCUGGCUCACUUUCACGUCCUGGUAAAGAAGAUCUAG